CUAAUACAAGGCCAAAACAGUAAUGGCCGACGGCCUUCAACAUUGCGUUCGCCAUAUUCGUUUGCCUGUAACUUGAUUUGUGCUGGUCUGGCUUACACUCCAAAGACCUCUCGAAUCAUGGCCUUCGAUUCAACGGUACUUUAGUUCUAGGACUUUUCAAUGUACCCCUCCGGAGCUUCCGUGGCUGGUUUUGGUCAACAGCCCUGGGCAGCUUUUACCGCCGUACCUAUUCCCCCGACAGUAGCCAAUGCUCAGCAGCUGCAUCUCGGUAACAUGGAAUCGAACGGCAUGGUUUUGGGAACAUUAAACCCGGAGUAUCUACGACUCGCUCAGAAUACCCCUCAGUCAUCUGUUUUGUCCGGUUCCCCUGUACUUCCAACGUCCGCUUCUUACGGUUUGCAUCAGACCAUGGGAUACGCUCUUCAACCCUCCGUUGAGUCUAACCUCCCCGGUAGGCAGAUACCUGCGGUAAACUUGCCUCAUUCCUACCCGUUUCCGCAGUUCAACCAGCACGGGCAUGUUUCUCAAUCCCUACCCCUGUCGAACACCUCCAUUAAUUAUGGUCAAUCCUUUCCAUACCUUCAACCAUUAUUACCUUCUUUGUGUAAUGGUGGUCUCAAUCAUCUUCAACAAUGCACGAAUCUUCACUCGCAACCGCAAACGGGAUUGGUGGCAGCCCCCGAGGCGUGUGUGCACAAAUUUGACCCUGUACGACACUUUGGUGCUUUACCACAGGACCAGAGUCGCCGUAACAAACCUAUGAUCACUUCCCGGACGAACUUAUACAUCAGUGGCCUGAACGAAUCAGAUACCGAUGAAACUGUCAGGUGUUUGGUGAAGGACGUUGUUCAACCGAAGUCGUGCAAGGCGAUGGUUAGCAAUGGGGCUUGCAAGGGUUAUGGAUUCAUUGACUGCUCAACUGAGGAAGAUGCUGAAAAGGCCAAAAAUCACAUUAUUGAGUAUGCAAAAGCCAGUGGGCGGAAGCUGCUUGUCAAAUUUGCCCAUGAAAAUGAAAAAGAUAUGUACAACGUCUACGUUAGGCACUUACCACUUGACUUCACAAAAGAAAAGUUAGAGGAGUUGUUCCGCAAAUUCGGGCAGAUAACUUCAGUGAAACUGUUGGAAAAUGAAGAUCGUCUCACAGGCAUUGGCUUUGUUAGGUUCGCACUUGCCGAACAAGCGGAUAGAGCAAUCGAGCAAAUGAACGCUGAAAAACUAGUGUUGGGUGAUAACACAGCUCCAGUCAUGUGUAAGCUUGCUGACAAGGCAAACACCCGUCGCAGAGUCAUUACCUCCGCACACAGUGCCACCGCUUUGAUGUUCCAAAAUCAAUUGUCCUUUAACAACCAGUUUCCGAGACAGCCAAUCCAAUUAACGAAUCCAACCUCCUUCCAACGUGGCGCUCUAUCUCUAGCUCAGCACCAAACGAGUCCCUUCGUGCAGUCUUUCUCCCUCACAACACCAUUGCUGCCGCCGCUAAACCAGCCGCAUGUGAUUUUUCAAAAUCUUCAAACGCAAGCCGCUUCUCCCCACACUCGAGGUGUCUUGUCAUCCGGUUUGUUACCGAACGGCACUUCAGGUCCCGCAUCCAUGAUACCCAUUUCUUUCCCCGCGAUUCCCCCUGGAGCUUUGAACUCUUCUUGUUCCGUCGUCUCCAAUCGUGCCACACCGCUUAUUGGGCCACCUCCACAAACUCAAAUCCCCUCCAACCAAAUUUCACACGGUGUUGUCACCACAACGUAUCCGGCCACUCUUGAUGUCGGACACAGUACUUCAAAACCACCUAUUGGUUUGACGUCUCGGAUUCCCGGUGUAUCCGUCUGCCCAUCCUACGUGUAUGUCGAUAGUGGAGUAGCUGAGCACUCUCCCGCUAGUGACCUGUCAACAGGAGUUCAUCUCUGCUCUUCGUCCAACAUGCAGUACGCGUCCUCCUUCCCGCAAUCACAAUCUUCGAUCUACUCGAAUCCGCAGCUUAUGAUUUUGGCACAGUCCACAGUUGGCUAUACUUUUCCAACUGGUUCAACUUUUUCCAGCCACUCCGGGACUCCCUUCGCCCAGUCUCAGCAUGGGCUUCAACUGCUUGACUCCGUGAAAACUCCACCACCUCAAACCACAAGCAUAGUUUACAGGCAGCUGGGUCGCCACGGGACGGCUGAAAUGGUUGCACCUGUCAGGCUUAUAACAAAUGAAUUACAAACCAUGUCUCUGGGCGCAUCCGCGUCGGAGUGUUUCACUAGUCUUGACUCCUCGCUCAACCCCACGUGGAGCACCUGCGCUUCUGUAUCCACCGAUGCUGGGGAUACCAUCAACCCUCAUUUCUCUGGUGGUCACUGCUCGAAGCUGCCAAAGGUUUUGGCCUCAACUGAAGAACACAUCGUAACCACUCAUACUACUGGACACUCUUUGACCACCGAAACGUCUAAGACUAACGCUCAUGACACUGGCCGCAAUGAUUUGAUAUCCGAUAGCCUUAUUGCUGCGGAUAUCCCAUGCACAUCAGUCACCGAGUAUCCGGCUAUUGCUGCUACUUUAAGUUCCAGUACCUCGCUUUUAGCAUCCACUUCUUCCGGCUGCACACCCGAGCUAAAUCUUGCUCUUCGAACCAACCAACAGCCUAAUGGCGAAGAAUGCCGAGGUACUGUGAAUGAUGGAUUGCACAACGACCUUGAAUCGUUUGCGGACUGCACUCCCCCGGCACCGGUAGUUGAAGUCGCAUGCGAUGGGAAACAGAGCCAAUCGCAAUACAUCCCAAUGAAGAAACCGCUCCACGCUGACCCGCUGGUGACCGAAAACAAUCGAAUCAGAGAGAUAAGUGACGUCUCCCCCACACGUAUCCUUCCAGCCACCAGUUAACCUCUCCGUUCAUAGUUGGAGUUCACUCCAACCUUACCCUCUCUUCAGUCUCCCUUGCCCACUGGUGAUGUCUGGUAUCACUCCCGGACGUGUACAUAUGUUUUGUGUUCCAUCUGUACAUGAUGUUCACCGUCCGUAGUGUUGUGAUCCUCGGUGUUGUUUCCCCAACAGAUAAAUUUACGCACGGACUGGGUACUUGAUCUUCUUAGGUGUUCAUAAGUUUUCCUACCUGUUCUCAAUCCCUUUUGACCACCUGUCUUUUUGACAACAGAGCAAACGUUUGACCCUAAUGGCUUACUUCAUUUGGAUUAGGCAUUUUCAAUCGUGUUUUGUAGAAUAUUUUUUUCGUGGACAACGUCGUCAGUUGUGGCAGACAGAGUAUCGCAUUUUGUAUGGUGACAUGACGCUCAAUCCAUUCGCCCUUCCAAAGCACUAUUGGCUUCCACAGUUCUUAAUGCGAUCUGGAAAUUACCCACUGUAUUGUUUUUUCAGGGCCGCUGCAUUGUACUGUCGAAGUUUUCACCAAAGGCAGCUGAAAGGUUUUUAUAACCGCUACUUGAGUUACCUGAGAGCACUUUGGCUUUCAUUCAAUCUUUUCCUUCCGCAUUCUCUGUAAGCAAAUACUUUAUGUCAAUCGAUCCUGUCGAUGAACAACGAGUGGUAUCAAACCAUACAGUUUGUCCACCAACAUUUCUUAUUUAUCGCUGUUUUUAACUGCUUGUGUAACUGGGUAUUCAGGGUCUGCAUCAUUAUCAUCAACAACAGCAACACAUAAGCCAUUUGAGUU